AUGUCUAACGUGAACCCGACAGGACGAAGUAGCUGUACAUUCCGCCUACUCCCGGAACAAGCUAUCACCAAUGGGAUCAACAAGGCCAAGGCGAGACGUGCCUUGCCCGACGUUGGUCUGUGCAUAUGCGUCUUUGACCUCGCGGGGGUAGGGCAGGGCAAGGUGCGGCACGGAGAUGGAUGGAUGUGGUUCGGUGAGUACGACUACCAACUCUGCGUCUUCCAUCCCUUUGGAUCCGAGGCCAUCCUCGUCAAGGUCGACUCCUCGGAUGAGGUUGGGGCCCGACCUACGUCUCCUCGGCCUUUCAUUGUCGGAUUCCUUGACGGCAUCUACGUCCCCCUGGUCUACAUGCUGGACCCCUGCGCCUUCGACCCAAAAGAGCGAACACAUUUCUGGCUGCUGGGAUCAGAAACAGCCUCGUCUCACGAGCUCCUCGACUCGGCCUUGAAGGGCCGGAUGCACAUCGACGCUGGCGAUGUCCUCCGGUUGCGCGUCGAGGCAGAAGAGUUCCAUGACGAUCAGCCUGGACCGCCGAAGGCCCACGAGGGUGAAGUUCAACAGGCUCGUGAGGUGCGCCGUUCCCCGUGUACCAUCACCUGCCCGAUGUCAGAACAGCGACUUGGCCCGUGGAGGAGCUCUGGCGUCGAAACAACUGACGAUGGCUGA